AUGUCGAGCGAGAAAGCCCAGGUAAAAUGCGAUGAGCGGCCCAAUGGCUGCCUCAACUGCUCACGCCUCCAACUCGACUGCAUACAAGCUGGUGGCAUCUCCACUGCUACAAAACGCACCUCUGCGCCAUUCGACUCUAUCGUCGGCGUGAAAAGGAAACGUACGUUUCGGUCUUGCGUACCUUGCCGAGAUUCUAAAGUCAAGUGCUCUGGUGAACGGCCGAAUUGCUCGAGAUGUCAGCAGAGGAGGACGACAUGCGUUUAUGAUGCCCAGCAGAAUGAACCGGCGUGGGUGCAGAGCAUAGCUACGCCGAAGACGUUGGAGAGCGGGGCCUUAGCUGGGAUGGAAAGUCCAUUUGGGGGCCGGGAGAGGGGUGUUGGGAAUCUUGCGAUAGAGAGUGCUGCGCCUGCUGGUUGUCCUGUGGGAUUAACGUGGUUGUUCGCUCAACAGCUACCACCUAGGGCGAAGUUGCAUACACUUCUUGAUGCGUAUUUCAACAAUGUUCAUCCCGUUCGAGUAUUCGCAUUUGAACAUAAGCCUUCCUUCAUCCGCAUGCUUGACGAAGGGCAACUCGUUGACUCGGCUGAUCAAGCUUUACUGCACAUCAUGUGCGCGCUCGGAGCCAGAUUUUACGCAUUAGAGUACAGCGAGUCCUUCUCGCCACUCACGAAAGAGCUCAUUCAAGCAGCAGGAAGUCAAUGGGCGAAAAUUGCAGAGGAAAUGUUCUUCGCGGAUUACGGUACGAUAUCGAUUACCAAACUCAAGGUUCUGAUACUACUUCACGACCAAGAAGCUAGGACGGGGAAUUAUGCUGGAUCUUUCCUUCUCACCGGACUGGUUAUACGGCUCGCACAUGCACUACAACUCAAUAACGAACUAUCCACCGAUGUACUUUGCAAAGAAGAGGGAGCUAGCCCAAAUGAGGUUUCUGUGAGAGAGUCUCGGCGGCGACUGAUGUGGGCGUGUUAUAUGAUUGAUGUCUGGGCUGGGAGUGGGGUCGAUCACCUUACGAUUCUAAACGAGAAGGACUUAAAGAUCCAGCUACCGUGUAACGAGCGGCAAUUUUCCUUGCAAAUUGCUUGCAUAACAGAGAAACUGGAGCCAGGCAGUAUAUUAGAGUUCAUACCUGCCGAAGAUAUACCAGAGAAGCCGUCAGACAAUCUGGGUAUGGCAGCGUAUUACGUGAGGAUUGUCAGUAUUUGGCGAAGAGUAUUGCGAUUUGUAAAGCACAUGGACGAAGAGCAACCACCCUGGCUCCCUUCCUCUGGUUUCGCCGCCCUGAUCGACGAUAUCCAAUCAUGGAAGCGCAGUCUCCCCUCCUGGCUCGACUUCUCAGCCGACAACAUCUACAUCCGGCGCGAAUCGCACCAACUCGGUGCCCUCCUGCUCAUCCACUGCAUGUACCACCACGUAAUGUGCGACGUACACCGUAUCGCACUCCCCGACCUUUUCAAGAACCAAGAGCCCUUCCUUUUCCCCUCCUCCCAACAAUCUUUCGUCGCCCACCUGCAAGACGUGUGCUUUGAACAUGCACAGCGCAUGUCCGUCCUCGUCUCCACCAUUUUGCAACACGGUAUCAAACACUUUGCCGACUCCAUUCUUCCUUCAUUCGUCUACAAUAGCAGCCGUAUUAUGCUCUACUACAUCGCACGUCUCCUUGACGUCACUAAGCCCGAUGCUGGCACUGUCAUUGGGCGCACUAUCGAACUCGUUCAGCAUAAUAAUCAAGCUCUACGCGAUAUGUCGCUCAUGUAUCCGCUCGCUGAAUCCCUGUGUAUCACUUCGGAACGCUGGCUUGAUACCGUGCGCACGAGUCUGGCGCGCGGCCACGAUACGACCUGGAUUGCGCCGCAGAAUCCGUCGGAUGAGAACGAGCCAAGGAGGGUGGUGGGUGCACCAGCCCCUUCGCGCGAAGGGCCUCGUGUUCAAAGUUUAAGUGUCAUACCGCCUAUGGAGGGAAUUCUAUGCGCGCCGAGUCCUUCGGCGCAUAUUCAGACAGCCACGCCAAAUGGAUACCCGUUUGUUACGUCCAUGUCUUCGUCGGAGAAUAACACAGAGGGUGCGGUAGCAACAACUACCACCGAUACUGCUAUCCAACAUCAACAUCACGCCAAAGCCAACGCCGCUACCCCAUCACAAACCCAAAUGUCGACUAGCCCAUCUGCCCUCUACGCCGCCACAACCCCUACCUCGACAACAUUCGAACAACCCAUGUUUAACCUGGACGAUUUGCAAAAUUUCUUUGGCUGGGAGGGAAGCGAGGACGAGAAUGCGCAGAGUACGGGGUUUGAAGGGUUCGGGCCGUUGGGGUGGGCGAAUAAUUUCAGCAUUAUGUGA